AUGUAUAAUCAAAAUAAUCCUCAUGAACAACAAAAUCAACAGAAUCAACAACAUCAUCAAAUGAUGGCAAACAUUAAUUCUCAGAUGCAUCAACAGGGAAUGUUUCAACAAGGACAACCACAAUUAAUUAGAAUGCAACAAAAUCCUCAGAAUGUUCAGUUACAGCAUGAACAACCAGGUACACCAAUACAAAUUCCUCAACCAGGAACACCAUUAUCACAAGGGCAUAAUCAACAAAUUCGCCAUCAACAAAUGGCAAGACCAGGAAGUGGAGUAAAUCCAAAUCAGAUGAUACCAGGAAAUGUUUAUCAGCAAAGUCAACAAAUUGGAAAUCCUAGAACUCCACAAAUGCAACAUUCUGGAACUCAACAACAAAAUUUUCAUCCCCAACAACAGGCACAUCAUCAACAAUUUAAUAUUGUUCAACAAAGAAGUAAUCAAGGACAACCAAGAAGUCCUAUGGGAGUAUUUCAAAAUAUACAUGCGCAACAUAAUAUGAAACAACAAAUACCUAAUCCUGCAUCUGUUGGAUCUAUUUCUAAUCAACCUCGUACUCCACAAAGUAUUAUGAAUCCUGGUUCAAAUGCACCACCUUCUAAUCAAGGUAUCAACAUGAAUCCACCAUCAAAUCAGGGUAUUAAUAUGAAUCCACCUUCUAAUCAAGGUGUAAAUAUGAAUCCACAGUCGAAUCAAGGAAUUAAUAUGAAUCCAUCUUCAAAUCAAGGAAUUAAUAUGAAUCCAUCAUCUAAUCAAGGUAUUAAUAUGAAUCCAUCAUCUAAUCAAGGCAUUAAUAUGAAUCCAUCUUCUAAUCAAGGUAUUAAUAUGAAUCCAUCAUCUAAUCAAGGUAUUAAUAUGAAUCCAUCAUCUAAUCAAGGUAUUAAUAUGAAUCCACCAUCAAAUCAAGGUAUUAACAUGAAUCCUGCAUCUAACCAAGGUAUAGGUCAUAAUGUACCAUCAAAUCAACCUAUGAGUAGUGGUCAUCCUUCAAGUCAACAAAUGAAUAUGAAUCCUUCAUCAAAUCAAUCUAUGAAUAUUAAUCCACCAUCUAAUCAACAAAUGAAUAUGAAUCCUCCAUCAAAUCAACCAAUGAGUGUUAAUCCACCAUCAAACCAACCAAUGAGUGUUAAUCCACCAUCUAAUCAACCAAUGAGUGUUAAUCCACCAUCUAAUCAACCAAUGAAUAUGGGUUCUUCAAUGAAUUUACCUUUAAAUCAUCCUGGAGGUGGUGAACAAUUAUAUAAUAUGGUUCAUAAUCAGGGUAUGUAUCAUUUAUCAAAUCCAUCUAUGGUAAAUAUGAUGAAUCAACAAAAGACAAGUCCAAGUGUAAUGGUUCAUAGACAACAUCAAGAAUAUAACAAUGUAAGAAAUGAUGAUGGUAGAGAUAUGUUUGAUAUUGAUAGUAGAAUUCAACCAAUUAAUAGAAAAAGAGUUCCAGAUGAAAAUGUAAUGUCACAAUCAGUUUAUCCAACAUCCUAUGAAUAUAUUACAACGGAUCCAAUUGCAUGUAUUAAAAUAGCAAUUUUAAAGGAUCUUAGAGUAUCAUUAAAAAAUGUCAAUGAUACAUGUGCAAAACUUGUAGAAAUUCGUCUUGAAGAAGCAAAACGUAAUACAGAAUUAUCAACAACAAAUGAGAAAGAGAAUAUGGAAGAAGAUCACUUUAUGGAUGCUGUUGAUGGUUCAACAGUAACAGUAGUAGAAAAUGUAGAAAAUAAAACAAUGAGUCCAGAAUGUAGAGAUGCACAUAAUUUAUAUAUGGAUGCAAUGACUAAUUUUUUUAUAGUUGUAGAUCGUGUAGAAUCACAUGUAAAUGUUCUUCAGGAAGCAAUUAAAACUCAAGCAAGACUUGAUAAAAUGUUUAACGGUGAACCAAAAGUUUUAAAUGAUAAAGAAAGUUUAUCCUAUUUACAAUAUGGACAUGGAUAUGCUGAAUUUAUGAGUUCAAUGAAAGAAUCUAUUAGUAGUUCAUUAUCUGAAGUUGCUGAUAUGUUAAAUGAUUUUAGAAAAACUAGGAUCAGAUAA